AUGGAACCCACGCCCGAGCCGGUGGAGGCCGCGGAGCGGCCGUGUGCGGAGGAGGACGGCAAGCAGCUCGAGGCGUUUUCGCGGCAACCCGCGGACGACGGGCUCUGUUACGACACGGAUGAAGAAGAGGCGCACUGCGAUGCGUUUGCCGCCAAGUCCGACAAGGGCGACGGCGAAGGCGACGGCGGUGUCGCCGAGCCGCGGUCGGAGCCCAAGGCUCUACGCGCGACCGCGGAGACAGAGGUCGAGGAGGCGUGCGCGGCACCCGACGCGCCCGCAGGAGGACUGGGGGACGAAACGGAGAGGCGAGGGAGGAGGGCGGAGGAGGCGGAGGGGGAGGAAGACGGCGCGCGCGGCGAGAACGGCUUCGAGGCUCAGGCUCACGACGAGGAAGAGGGGGACGGGCGCUUGGAGGAGACGCACGAAGAGGACGCGCGAGACGCCUUACCGCCCUCGCCCGUCGACCUGCUGAAGGACGAUGAAGAGGAACGGCGCGGAGAGCCGCGCGAGGGGGCACCAUCCAGUCGCCGCGCGGGAAAGGCGAGCGAGAAGCAGAAGCGCGUCUCAGAUGCGGAGAAGAAGACGGAGGAGAUCUUUGCGGCGUGCCCUGAGGCUCUCGUGGAGGAACUCGCAGACGGCUCCAAGCUGCGCUCAGCUCUCCAGCGGCCGGUCCUGGGCGUGCUCGUGGGCGACACGUACUCGAUAAAAGUCACAAACGAGGAUGCAGCGUUCAUCAUCGGCAAAGGCGGCAGCACGAAGAAGAAAAUCGCAGGCGUCUCUGGCUGCCGGGUCGAGCUCGAGGACAACGGUCUGCGCCUCGACGUGACGGGGACGGAGGAACAGAGAGAGCGAGCGCUGCUCUACAUACGCCUCAUUAUGCAGCAGCGACUCGGCCCUGUGCGCUGGGACACAGAGCGAAAUGAUUUAUGCAUGGACGGCGUCGCGCGCCUGUUUCGGCGCGCGGAGGACGAAGAAGACGUCGAGGGGGCGAAGAAGUCUCCGCGGAAAGACCUCACGGUGCUGGCGGUGCCGAGCGAGGCAGUCGCCUACGUGACGGGCAGCAACGGACAGGUGCUUCGCCGCAUCGAAGACGAGUGGCGCACGCUGAUGUUUUUCACGCAGCAGGAACGCGGCGCCGGCAAGCACCCGGGCGCGGGCGGGUCGACGCCUGGCGACGGCGGCGCCAGCCAGCGGAGGCGGAGGAGCGCAGAGGAGCAGCCGGCGCCCGAGGAGGACUACGGCGGAGACAGAGAGGCCGACGCUGAGGCCGAAGAGCCCCAGCGCGAGGCGACAGGCGGCCAGCAGGACCAGCAGGACGAAGGCGCGACCAUGGAGGAGGAGGAGGAGGACUUGGCGCGAGGCGACCGCGAAGUCGCAGCUGAUGGCGCAGAGAAGAUCCAGUCUACGGAGGGCGAGAAGAAACCCCACGACGAAGCAGACGCGGCAGUCCCUGGAGGCAAAAUGGAGGAGCUGCUCAUCUUCGGAAGCGAGCGGAGCCGGGUGGGCGCGAGUUUGAAGGUGAUGAGUGCAGUCGACCAGAAGCUGCGGGGCUUCUACACGCGUCGCCUGACUGCGGCGUUGGCCCUGCGAGAGCGGACACGAGACGGCGCCGAGGAGACUCGAAACUCGCCGACGGCAAAGGACGCCGAGGCGGUGGCGGCGGAGCCGACCCGGGAGGCGGAGGGCGCGAAGACGGGCGAGGGAGAGCAGCGCGUGAGCGAGAAGGUCGAGGGCGACGCGGAGGGCACGACUGCGCACAUUUUGCUGACGACGACGCUAGCGAACAUCUGCGCGGCAGACCAGAGCUUUUGGGACGUGCUCCGCGGCGUGGGACCGGACGCGGGCAGCGGCAGCGGCACAGAGGACAGCCAAAUCCUGAUUGACAUUCUCAAAAUCGAGGACAGGCACUUCUCGUACUGCCUCGGCCGCGAAGGAAAAACGCGGCGGAAACUCGCCUCUGCCGCAGGAUGCAUCCUCGAGUACAUCGGUCACUUUGCGUUCGCUGCAGGCGCUUCCGUUGAGCGGCGGCGAGUCCAAGAAUACCUUUCGUGGCUCAUGAAGCAGCGAGAGAAACCGAUUUUCCUCAGCGACAUCUGCAAGGAGGGCGAGACGCGGCCGGAUCUGACUGUCCUUGACGUCCCGCGCGAGAAGACUUCGCUGGUGACAGGCCGUCAAGGCAACGCGCUGCGCGAGGUCGAGGAGCGAACGGGCACCUUUUGUUUCUUUGAAGGCAGAAGGAGCGGCAGGCCGGGUGCUUUCGCGGGGUCGUCGGGGCUUGACUCGCGCAAGCGAGAGCGACUGUUUAUUUUCGGCACGUUCGGCGAGGGUAGGCACCAAGCGGCGAAUUUGCUGCGGCGCCUCAUGGGCCUCGCGCCUGCCUCCUUCGGUGACCGCGGGGGCUCGGAGCGCGACCGCGGUCGGCGCGGAGACCUCCGCUUCCCGCCCUUCCCGGCCGCCCUGCUCCAAGAGGGCGGGUCCUACCCGCCAUCGUCUGUAUUUCCCUUCUUCCCGCCGCGCGGCGAAGGUCUGCUCGCGCCAGGAGCGCUCAGCCGACGAGACAUGAUGCCGCCGUUCGUGGACGCGCCGCGGAUUCUCCACGGGCCGCACAACUCGGGGGCGCGAGGCAUGCGAGGCUUCUUCCCCCCUCGCGUCAGGUGA